GUUUUCCUGCUGUGACAGCUUGGUGACAGCGGCCACCUUCCAGGGCCAAAGAUUGUCUCGUGGGCUCACUUGGUUGCAGUCAUGUCGGCAGCUGCUCCGGGGGCCAGCAAGGCGGCUCACAGCAAUGGAGCCCCAGCGAAAAAGAAGGGACCCGGCGCCUUGGCGACCGCUUAUUUGGUCAUCUACAACGUUGUUAUGACAGCGGGAUGGCUGGUGAUCGCCGUGGGUCUGGUGCGAGCGUACCUGGCCAGAGGAAGCUACCAUGGCCUCUACUACUCCAUCGAGAAGCCCCUCAAGUUCUUUCAGACCGGUGCCGUCCUGGAGAUUGUGCACUGUGCUGUUGGGAUUGUGCCAUCCUCCGUCGUCCUGACUGGCUUCCAGGUCAUGUCCCGGGUUUUCCUCACAUGGGCCGUCACACACAGCGUCAGAGAGGUGCAGAGCGAGAACAGCGUGCUGCUCUUUGUUAGCGCUUGGACUGUCACCGAGAUCAUCCGCUACUCCUUCUACACAUUCAGCUUGCUCAACCACCUGCCUUACCUCAUCAAGUGGGCCCGGUACACCCUCUUCAUUGUGCUGUACCCAAUGGGUGUGAGCGGUGAGCUUCUGACCAUCUACGCAGCACUGCCCCACGUGCAGAAGAUGGGCCUGUACUCGGUCACGCUGCCCAACAAAUACAACUUCUCCUUUGACUACCACACCUUCCUUAUCCUCGUCAUGAUCUCCUACAUUCCACUGUUCCCUCAGCUCUACUUCCACAUGAUCCGACAGAGGAAGAAGGUUCUGGGCCACGGCGACGCCAACAGCAAAGUGGAGUGAGAGAAAGAAUAGGACCCUUUCCAUCCAAACAAAAACGGACCUCACACGCUCCAUUCCAGUUUUUCCAGAACUACUACUGCUGCCUUUAUUAUUUUCCCCGAUUUUAUUUAUGAACAAACUGCCCGAGUGAUGCCGUCUAUCUGGUCCGGCGCGCUCAAAGAUUCACUGAAGGAAUCCACCGCUUAAAUAACAUAGUGACCACCCUCCUAAUACCCCCCCACCGCCCCCCCCCUUCUCCCACACACACCUGCAAAUCAUGUUUGUUUCUUGGUUUUGUGACAAUAAACUUGUUUGAAUCUC